AUGGCUCUGAGGAGGACAGGCGACUCGAUGGAGCCCGUCCGGAACACCAUGGUCGAAGUGGACCUGCGCCACGGCGACAUCCUCACCAUGGAGGGGCUCUGUCAGAAGCACUGCGUGCACUUCGUGCCCUGCGACGCGAGGUUCACGCCCCCUUCCUUCGCGGAGCCGUCCGAGCAGAGGUCGCCUGGCGAGCCUGCGGUGCAUCCGCGCGAGAGCGUGAGGAUCAACGUCACCUUCCGAUGGAUACGCAACCACAAGCAGCGCUGCAGGCUGAGGGAGACGCAGGCCCUGCACGGGAUCCUCCCGCUGUUCUGCGAGCAGGCCCUCGAGCCGGAGGAGGCCACCGCCGCGUCCUCGCAGCCGCCGCCGCACGCCCGAGACUGGGCGGGCGGGCGCCCGGUGCUGUGGAGGAGCUGCGAGGGCUGCGACCACGACGGGUGGAGGGGCGGCCGGAACUGCCUGCGGCACGAGGGCUGGUGGCUCUGCCGCCGUUGCUGGGCGCGCGCUCAGGAGCUGGGGCGCGAUGGGCUGCACGAGCUGCCGACGGAUCCUGCGGCGGCGGCCGAGCGCAAGAGGCUGCGCCAGCUGAGGGCCCUGGAGGCCAAGGGGGUGCUUGGGCCGCCCGCCACAGGAGCGGGCCCGGUCGACAGCGGCGAGGCGGUGGGCGGCGACGAGGGCGCCGCGGGCGUCCGCGCGGCGCCGGGCCCCGCGGGCGAAAGCCUCUACAGCCAUUGGGCGUGCCCCCAGUGCGCCGAGGGGAACUGGGCCUGCCGUGAGGCCUGCCGCGGCUGCGGGGCGCCGCGGCCACGAGGGCCCGGCCUCGCGCAGCUGCUCGGCUGGCCCCAGGCGCAGCAGCGGCGGCAGCAGCCUGCCUCUGGGGGCAGCGCAGGCCCCUGGCCAGCUGGCGGCGUCCCUCCGAGCGCUUGGCAGGGCGCCGCCCCCUCGGCGCACACCGGGCUCGGCGGCAGCUGUGACCCCGGCUGGGGGCAGAGCGGCGCCUGCGCCGUCAGCCUGUAUUGCAGUGCUCAGGGUCACCACAAGAGCGCGGAGGAGCAGUGGAGGGAGAUGUACUUCCCGGACGGCGUCUACCAGUAG